AUGUCAGCACUUGCGGGCUCCAUUGGCUAUAUUAGACGUGACGAGCUCGCCGAUUCUGCAGCCGAUGCUGGAAAUCCCGAUGCAGCACAGGAUUUAUACGGGCUAGGGAUUCGACUUGGACUGUACUUCCAAGUCCUAGGAUGGAUCUUCUACAGCUUAGGUGGCGGGAAAGGCUUGAAAUUAGCAUCAGUUAGCAUCACCAUACCAAUACUGGUGACCUGGUUCCUUUUUGCGUCCAAGCAGCUUUUUAGUCCCUGCGAAGCGUUUAUUGUCCUUGUCCUCCUAUCCAGCCUAAACUUUCCAGCAAAAGCUACGCUAUACAAUGAUUCCAAAGAGAUGGUUAGAGAGACCACAGGAGUGGUAAUGCUGCUGCUGGUGGAGCUCGGAAUAUGCGGUGCCCUGUUGUGGCUAUUCGCUACGCUAGUUAAAAGUCUUCCGACCCUCCUAACGGAGAAUGCCGCUUUUUUCUUCGCGAAAGUUCCUCUAAAUGGAUGGUUUCGAUUCCUUGGUUUAGUAUACUGUGCUUUUGACGCAGUGACAUCGAUAAUUUCCUGUUCUAGGGUGUGCCGUGUAUUCUAUUAUCGUUCCAAAGGGGAUAAGAAUAUGGAAGAGAUUCUGAAGAAAGUAGGAUUUGAAGAGACUGAUACUGUUAGUCAUGUUCUUCAUUGUGCUGUUUUGAUAGUGGCUGUUCUGGCAGUUGAGCUCACUAUCAAAUGGAAUCAUCUUGCGCCCAUAACGGACUUUCAAUCGCCCGGGCAACUGAUCCCGUUCACUACGGGUAUCAUUAUCCUAGCCGAUAGCAUAUUCGUUCUCAGCAAUCAGAUUAUAGGCUGUCAAAAAAUUAUUUUAGGAAUAGGGUCCUCUAAGGCGAUCCAACCGUCGACUUCCUGCUAG